CUGUUUGUGGCGGUGCUGUCAGUCACUGUUGCCUUAUGCGCGCGUGGUUCCGGUGGCUCGUCGACCACUGCAGGUGGAUCCACGAAGCUUCAGCGCUACGUGCUGCCCACUGCAGGAGUGUCUUUGGCUCGCGUUCCCUGCUGUUAAUGCGCAGUUACUUUAACCAACCAACGGUCACAUUUUUAAGAAGCAAGCGAAGGUUGUCCAAUGGGAGAUCUGCGAGGUGGGCCGUAGCUGUCACCGCUGCAGUGUGAACAAAGAGGGACGGUACAGUUACGAGGAGGCGGUCUGGAGUGUGACAUUCGGCUUUACCCUUUUACGCACCGACUGGAGAAUUACACAGUCGGACAGAGACGCUCGACAAGUUCGCACGACUGGCCCGUCUGUGUGCAUUUAAAGGAUUCGCUGUUGUCGUCGCAUUUAAUUUGCCUUUUGGCAGAAUGUCUCUCGUAGAGGAGUACGAAGAAGGGGAAUACGAGAGGGCGCCCAAGCGGCUGAAGACGGCGGAGGUAGAGGAGGGCGAGGACUUGGAAGAAGGAGAGGAUUCAGACUCCGCAUCAACAGGGCUGCUAGGAGACGAGGAGGAUGUAGCUGGUCCAGGUGGCGAAAAGAGGGCCCAUUGGUCAACAUCGAAAUACGGAUCAGCACGAAGGGACAAUGGGGACGACGCCCACAGGAUCGCCCCGUCUCCGGUGGUCCACGUGCGGGGGCUCUGUGAGUCUGUGGUGGAGGCUGACCUGGUGGAGGCUCUGGAGAAAUUUGGGACUAUCUGCUACGUGAUGAUGAUGCCCUUCAAGCGGCAGGCGCUGGUGGAGUUUGAGGGGGUGGAGAGCGCGGAUAAGUGCGUGGCGUGCGGGGCCAGCGAGGCCGUCUACAUCGCCGGGCAACAAGCCUUCUUCAACUACUCCACCAGCAAGAGGAUCACGCGCCCCACCAACGCCGACAACCCCAACAGCGGGAACAAAGUGCUGCUGCUGUCCAUCCAGAACCCACUGUACCCCAUCACUACGGAUGUAUUGUACACGGUGUGCAACCCGAUCGGUAACGUGCUGCGAAUCGUCAUAUUCAAGAGGAACGGGAUCCAGGCCAUGGUGGAGUUUGAAUCUGUCCAGAGUGCCCAGAAAUCAAAAGCAGCUCUCAACGGAGCAGAUAUUUAUGCCGGGUGCUGCACGCUGAAAAUCGAAUAUGCCCGGCCGACACGCCUGAAUGUAAUAAGGAAUGAUAACGACAGCUGGGACUACACAAAGCCAUACCUGGUCAGACGAGGCGUUUCAGAACGUGGGAAGGGGAGACACAGGCAGGCUAUCCUGGGAGAGCACCCGUCCUCUUACAGCGACAAUGGCUACGGUACACACUGCCCCCUGCUGCCCCUCCCCAGCAACAACAGGUACAAGAUGAGCUCGCAGGACGUCCCAGACGUGGUGGCGUACCCGCUGCCCCAGUCCUCCGCUUACAUGCCCCACUCCUCCAGCUCCGUCGCCAUGGUGAGCGGCCUGCACCCCGCCAAUAUGAACUGCACCAGGAUCUUCAACCUCUUCUGUCUCUAUGGCAACAUUGAGAAGGUGAAGUUCAUGAAGAGCGUUCCAGGCACGGCGCUGGUGGAGAUGGGCGAGGAGUACGCCGUCGACCGCGCCAUCACACACCUCAACAGCAUAAAGCUGUUUGGCAAGAGGCUCAACGUUUGCGUAUCCAAGCAACACGCCGUCAUCCCCAGUCAGGUGUUUGAGCUGGAGGACGGCACCAGCAGCUACAAAGACUUCGCCAUGACCCGAAACAACCGCUUCACCAGCGCGGGGCAGGCCUCCAAAAACAUCAUCCAGCCGCCGUCCUGCGUGCUGCACUUCUACAACGUCCCGCCCUGCGUCACCCAGGAGGAGCUGCUGAGGCUUUGUACAGACCACGAUGUUCCUGGUUUUGUCAAGUUCAAGGUGUUUGAUGCGAAACCCUCCAGUAAAACCAUCUCGGGGCUGCUAGAGUUUGACACCAAGACGCAUGCUGUGGAGGUGCUGACGGUGCUGAACCACUACCAGAUCCGAAUACCAAAUGGCUCCAAUCCCUACACCCUGAAGCUGUGCUUCUCCACCUCCUCACACCUGUGAGAGCCUGUGUGGGCGGGGCAGGCCAGGUGGGGCGCCAGCAGGUGUGGUCAGGAGGGGCUAGCAGAGGGGCAGGAGUGGAGCUGCACUGAAGAGGAAGAGGAGGAGGAGGAGCGCAGGAUGAAGAUUCCUUCCUCAUCACAACCCAAUGCGACACACCCUGCGACAAGAGGACACACACACCGCUAAUACACAAGAGCAAAACACAGAUGCUUUUAUUGUAUUCAGUUUCCAUCUGAAUGCACACACACACUCACACACACACACACACACCCAUAUACACACACACAGGCAAACACACACAUACACACAUGGACACACAAACACACACACACACACACAGACACACAUACGUAAACAUACAGGUACACACCCGCAGCCACGCACGCACGUGCACACACACACACACACACACACACAUCCACCAGGAUUUGUCUUUGGCUUUUAAAAAUAAUGUACCUGUUUGGCCUGUCUGACGGUUGCCCAUGGUUACAUAUAUAAGUGAUGUCACAGGCCUGUACUGAGCUGUGUAGCGCUAACCAAACACACCGAUCUGUGUAGCGUAGCUGAAUUCACUGGGUACAACAGCCUGGCCAACCUCUCUAAAGAUCAACGAACAAAGUGUUUAUAGCCUUGUAAAAUUUAGACCACAUUGUAAUAUAUAAAUGUGUAUAGUAUUUGAAAUUGGGUUUGGGUGGGCUGGGCUAGGACUGCUGACAUAUGAUCUAAGACCUGGUGUCUGAGAGGAGAGCGUAGUUUUACUGUUGGGAGGGGGCAUUUUGAGUUUUAGGCUCUGUUGUUGUAUAGUGUUUACACAUGAAGGUCCAGGCUUUGUGUUGAUGUCAUUGUACCCCUGUGCACACGGCCAUGUCUGGGGUUUUAGCUGUCAGCAUGACGGUCAUUAAACGUUUUGCCGGUUG